AUGCUGUCACGGCUCACCACCCUCUCGAGAUACCUGCUCUCUUCUGUCGUGCUACUUGGUGCCUUCUCGCGCUUCACGCAUGGCGAGUAUACCCCGGGAUGGUACGAAUUCCAGGAGUAUCAUGCCCCAGAUGACGGAUCCACUGUUGCAUUGAUCACUCCAAUUAUGGACGCAAUCUUUGGUGUCACGCUACUAUUCGGGAAUAAGAGGUCCCAAUAUGCCGCCGCAGCUGUAAGCCUUAUGUUUUUCACCAUAGGGCUGGCCAUGCAGGUACUGGCAGGGAAAGACUACAAGGGCGACGUGGCGUUGGUCAUGCUUGCGGUGGUAGCGGUUGUGGGUUGUCUCCGGAAGUUGGCCUAG